AUUUAACGGGUAGCAACAACGAACAUCACACUGUUUUCUUUUAACAAAAAAAGUCUAAAUCGAUUACAUUGUAAAAAUAUCGCUACCUUUUCAAUUUGAAAAAUGGACUCUGAACAAUUUCGCGCAGCUGCCCAUCAAAUGAUUGACUACGUCAUCGACUAUCUGGAUAACAUUCGCAAUAGGCGCGUUCUACCGACGGUAGAGCCGGGAUAUUUACGCCGACUCAUUCCCGAAGAAGCUCCAGAACAAGGCGAAACGUGGCAAUCCAUUUUUCAGGAUAUCGAACGCGUCAUUAUGCCCGGCGUGACGCAUUGGCAUUCACCGAAUUUCCACGCUUAUUACCCAACGGGCAAUUCAUGGCCGGCAAUGCUAGCGGACAUCCUUAGCGAUGCCAUCGGAUGUGUCGGAUUCUCAUGGAUCGCAAGCCCUGCUUGCACCGAACUGGAAGUGGUCACGAUGGACUGGCUGGGCAAAUUAAUCGGUCUACCUCCUGUCUUUUUGGCUUGCUCCGGUGGUAAAGGCGGCGGCGUCAUUCAGGGGACGGCCAGUGAGGCCAUGUUGGUCGGCCUUUUAGCGGCCAGAUCGAAGACACUCAAACGACUCAAGGCCGUGAAUCCAGAAAAAGAUGAGAAAAUAUUAGCCAGUGGUUUAAUCGCAUAUUCUUCAGACCAAUCACAUUCGGCUGCGGAACGCGCUGGACUCUUAGCCGGCGUUCAUGUCCGGGUCAUUCCUACCGACGAUCAACUUCAUUUGCGUGCCGACGCACUCCGGUCGGCCAUCAAAGAGGAUACAGCCAAUGGCAAAAUUCCAUUUUUCGUGGUUGCAACUCUCGGUACAACGCCUUCGUGUUCUUUCGAUGAUAUUGAUGAACUUGGACCUGUUUGUAACGAUCAUUGGGUGUGGCUGCACGUCGACGCAGCUUACGCAGGUUCGGCCUUUGUGUGCGAAGAGUAUCGUCACCACAUGAAAGGCAUGGAGAGAGCCGACUCGUUCAAUUUCAAUCCUCACAAAUGGCUUCUAGUUAAUUUUGAUUGUUCUGCCAUGUGGUUUAAAGAUACGGAUGACAUCGUCAGCGCUUUCAAUGUAGACCCGAUCUUCUUGAAACACGACCAUCAAAACAGCGCGCCUGACUUUCGGCAUUGGCAAAUCCCGUUGGGUCGACGAUUCCGGUCUCUGAAACUCUGGUUCGUGAUGCGCUCGUACGGCGCCCAAGGGCUUCGCGAUUACAUCCGCAAACAAAUCCAACUGGCCGAACAGUUUCAUCAGAUGCUGGCCAAAGACGAUCGUUUCGAAUUCCCAGUUCCUCCUUCGAUGGGACUGGUUUGCUUCCGGCUAAAAGGCGAAAGCAGUUUAAGUGAGGCGCUUUUGAAACGCAUCAACGAUGCCGGCCAAGUGUACAUGAUUCCGGCUAAGCUGCACGACACGUACAUCAUCCGCUUCGCUGUUUGUUCCCGUUACACCGAGCUGAGCGACGUUCAAGCGUCUUGCGAAGAGAUCCGACGUCAUGCCAACGACAUUGCCAACGCCUAAUCAAAAACUAGAAAACAUGACAUUUAACUUCCAACGUGUUCAAAUCCCAACCCCUUUGGAAACAGACACAACUGACUCUGCAAUUUAUUAUCAUCGCCAGAACGCCGAUAUGCUAGUAAUGUACAAA